CCCUCACUACUUGUCUGUCUAGGAGGUAGCCGAAGGUCCCAAUCCACCAACCCGGUGCUCGGCGGUGGAUAUGGCACCACUUACGAAAAUGGCGUUGCGCCGAUCGAGUGGCGGCGCGAAAGCCUCUGGGAUCCGUCCAAGAUCAACCACCAAGCUGCCUUACGACCAGUACCCUCCUGCACCACGUUCCCGGCCUGUCCAGCAACCCCAUAUCCAUCGACUGACUUCCCUCCAUCGACUCCACUCCACCGACUCUCGUUCGUCCUCUCUCAAGCGGUCGCCCAGCGCCCAGCACCCACCGGGGAAGACUCAUUCAUCACGCCCAAGCGCGGACGCGCCGGUUCGCUGAUGGACCGAUUCCAACAACGCGCGUCGAAGAUGUCGAGAGCGCAUUCCGGACCAUCGGCCUCACCAGCGACGACGACACGAUGGCUCCACCAGCGCGCGACACUCGUGGUCGGUUCACCACCGAGCUCCCCGAAGCCCAACCCGAAUGGACGGCCUUUGGGUGCCCGACAACAACAACUUCGAGGGAACAUGUAUCGGAAGCGCAUGAUCGCACUUGGCCGACUUCUUGAUCUCGUUCUCGUUUCCGUACAACUGCAGGGCCCGGCGGUACCCAGGGUACGUGAGUUGGCCGUUCCGCUUGGAGAGAGGGGUUGAGAACUCGGCGCGGUAGACCGCGUCUCAGUGACCGGUAAGUGUCGGUACUCGGCGGGACUUGGAAUGGUCCACGAUUGGGCAUAUUCAGUGAUCGGCGGCGGGAGAAAAGAUGGAUGGAUGGUCUCUCAGAGCUGGUAGUUGAGUUGGUAAUGCCCAUGCCUCCCCGACGCCUUCACUACCUCGACGGACUACCCACGGACCAACCGCCUAAACUGAGGCGAGCAUUAAACGUUUCACGAUCGGACUAGCAGGCAGUUGGUCGAACUGGUCAACGUUACUGGUUAAAAGGGGUAUCAGAGG